AUGACGGUGAAGUAUGGCAAUGCCUUCUUUUGGGACACCUUUGAUCAUAUCCUCUCUGUCGCCCAGGGGAAGCUGAUCGAGAAGGCCACGCCAAAGCCAGAUCUCUUCGUGCUCAAAGAUGUCAAUGUCCAGGUGAUUGAGGACGCGGAGAAGAAACUUCCCGGCAAGUCUGGCCGCAAAUCCUCCAAGGGAUCAACUGGAGUCGGAAGCAUCAUCUUCGGAAUUGACGGCAGCAAAUGGGGUGCCGUUGUGGCGGAUGAGGGCCGGGCGUGGAAGCUGGACAGCGGCCGAAUCGCCAAGAAAGAGACAGAAGGCGAGAGGUGGACCUGGGCCGGCGGUGCUACGACCAAAGGAGCACAAGGUGCAGACAAAUAUUUCGCCAGCGUCGCAGACAUGAAGAAGAAGGCCAAUGUGAAGGACGUCAGUGCACGUCUGGCAGGAUACUCCGACUUACUCGCACUGGCUGGCAAGGAGCGCGAUGCUGGCAAAGCCUUUGAUGACUUGUUACCCUUCCUGCUCUCUCGGUUCAAUGCCGAGCAAGAGCAAGGCAGACAGCACAUUCUCAACGAGCUGCUGGUCAACAAGAAGUUUCCGGACGACCUGUGGGAGGAGAGGCUUGAGCACCUCCGGAGCUUCUGGAAGGUCAGCAGCAAAGCGCGUGAGAGUGCGAGCUACCAAUGCAGCUGGAACAAAUGCGGAAGGCAUCUUGUACAGAAAGCAUUGAAGAAUUGGGGCAAACCGGUCAAUGAGGGCGAACUUGCACCAGAGUACCCAACCGAAGCAUGCCUCUUUGGCUUGGAGGUGACGGCCGAUAUCAAUCUCCCGGACCUGCUCGUGAGUUCUCAUUCCAAGAUUGAGACACUGAAGGAUCUGGAAGCCGCAACGCGCUGGGUCUUAGAGACGGCUGUGCCUCUCCAGGGGGAAUCCACCUCCCCACUGCAGGAUUUCUGGGAGGCUUUGAAGACCAUGAGCACCAUCAAGUUCUGCGGAGAAGAUCCGGAUGCGAUCACAUCUUGGAGCGUUUCUACGAGCGUAAACCAUCUGAAGGUCCACAAGGAGAAGUCCUCGAGCUCUGCCGAGCUUGGCCAGAAGGAGUCAGGCACGGUCGUCCGCGGAGUGCAGCGUGGCAACUGGCUGGAGCUGGUGGACAACCAGGGCUUCAUGCUGAUCAUUUCCGAGAAGACCGGCUUGCCCGUCAUGCAGCAGGACUCCGGCAACACCGGCGAGAAGGGACUCUGGGAAAC